AGACCCACAACUUCUGAACGCUUUUUUUUUUAUAAGCAAAAGCAGCUGCUGCGGGCCCAUGUGUGUGUAAGGAGGGGUGUGUGUGUUGCAAAAGAGAGAGGGAGAAAGUUAUUCACUUUUUUUUGGGGGGGGGGAAAGUUGAAAGCCAUGAACGCCGAGACGUGCAGUGCAUACAGCGACAUGACCUCCAUGGAUGCGUUUUAUAGCCCCUCUGCAGCACAGGGUCGGGACCACCAGGCGGACCACUUGAGGACUGAGACCAAAUGCAAAGGUCACACGUACGGAGACAAGUCCCGGAGCCCCUUCCUGCAGGAGUGCCACACACUGGAUGCUGGACAGGCCGCCUUCAGCAAAUUCCACCUCUUCAUGCACAGAUCCCCCUGCAGGACACCUCCAGUGGAAGGUGAGGAGCGACACUCUGCAGACAUCCUCUCCUGCUAUGGUAAGGACACUUCCAGUCUGACAGACUCUGACCUGACUCCACUCUCCGACCAUCCGACGAUGGACGCCGGCUACCAGGCUGCGAAGGCGGCCUCUGAUAGGUCGACGGGCGCCGAUCUAGCCGGCCCCCACGACAAGGGCGACGGCGGCGAGAGCAACAAGGGCAAGAAGAGGCGCAAUCGCACCACCUUCACCAGCUACCAGCUGGAAGAGCUGGAGAAGGUCUUCCAGAAGACGCACUACCCCGAUGUUUACGCCCGUGAGCAGCUGGCCCUGAGGACCGACCUGACGGAAGCACGUGUGCAGGUGUGGUUCCAGAACCGGCGUGCCAAAUGGAGAAAAAGGGAGCGUUUUGGUCAGAUGCAGCAAGUUCGAACGCAUUUCUCUACAGCUUACGAGCUGCCGCUGCUGACACGCCCUGAGAGUUACGCACAAAUACAGAACCCAUCCUGGAUCAGCGGCAGCAGCGCGGCAUCACCCGUGCCGGGUUGCGUCGUGUCCUGCGACACGAUGACCCCCUGCAUGACCCCUCACCCCCACUCCGCCAGCGGGGUGUCCGACUUCCUGGGUGUUCCCAGCCCCGUAGGUCACAUGGGCCAGGCCCACAUGGGCGGCCUGUUUGGAGGCUCUCCGGGCAUGGCUACGGGCCUCAACACGUACGAUCUCAACAUGGACCCUGACCGCAAGUCCUCCAGUAUCGCCUCUCUGCGCAUGAAAGCCAAAGAGCACAGUGCGGCGAUAUCUUGGGCCACAUGAUGUGUGGUUCCUACCGAAGGGGUGUGUGUGUGUGUGUGUGUGUGUGUGUGUGUGUGUGUGUGGGAAGGAAAUCAAACCUAGCACUAACACUACAGGCAACGCUGACUACCUUCAUUAAAAGUGCAUAUGCAAACGAGGAAGCAAUUUGGGUUUGAGACUUUUGAUGUGCAGAACUGAUGUUGAUACCAAACAGAUUCAUGCACUUAUUUGCUCAAAUACAGGAAGUUAUUGUACAGCACUUCCAGUGCAAUUUGGUGUUAUUUCUUAUUUAAAUAUUUUGCAUUUUUUUACUAUCUGCUGCCUCAGGAAGAGCAGUCGGACAUAACACAAUAACAAGCCGCCAUCCUGGAGAAAAACACAAAGAUUCAACAUAUCGAUGCACAACAUUGUCAGCGCCAUGAUGGUGUAAGACAGGGUUGUCCAAAAUGUUAUUUUUUUUGUCGUAUCCGAAAAACGCAUUUAAUUCAUUAUUAAUGAGACAUACUGUAUGAUUACACUAAUUUGUUCUGUCACCUAUAACACAAAGCUAAGAUGUUUUGUUCAGAUAGCUUAGCGUAUAUUGAAUACAUUUCUUUACUACACAAAAUGCAGCCUUAUGUUUUCUGUCUGCGAUCCUUGGUGGAACAAUUUGGACAUCCUUACUAAAAGGUCCAAUUCAUUCGUUUUCCGGGGAAAAUGUUGCCUUUUUGUUUUUUUAACGUCGCCCUUCCGUUCCCGAAUUUUAACUUUCAUGGGGAAAAUAACGCACUCAGAAAAAAUCAGCUUAACACAUCCUGUAGCCUGUAACGCCAAGCCUUCAAAAUAAAAGCACACCAGUGUGGGAAAUGUACCUUCUUGUCCUGUUCAAGGUAAAGGGAUAGCUGGAGUCUGUCCCAGCUGAGUUUAGAACCCAAGCAAACCACACGGACGUCGUCUUGCUUCUUUCAAACCAAAGCCUAUGGUGUCAAAACAGUGCUAAAAUCGUCACACAUAAAAAUCGGACUCAUUUUGCAGUCAAAGUUACCGAUUGAUCACUGAUUAGGAAGUGUGUCUUGGCAUAACGAGUGGCAGCCAUCCACCAUGCUUGUCAAUUUUUUCUCCCUGGGGACAGAAAUAGCAGAUGAGGUUUACUGUGGUAAAUAAAAGCACUGAUGCAUGAGUAAGUUCUUUAGUGUACAUGACAAAGGGUCAUAAGUACCAGAGGAUGAAGCCUUGUAGAAAAGCUUCGGGCACAGUAACCGUUGAUAAUCCCCUAAAUUGGAACCACAUUGACGGUCUCUCUCAGCAGGUGAGUGAAGUGCAGUGCGGUCUAUAAUCUGUCAGCGGAACACAUCACGCUGGACUCAACCAAAUUACAUCCAGUUUUACUCCCUGGUCCGAAUCCAAGGCAUUAUAAUCUGGACAUAUACUCUAUAUAUCAAAAGUGAGAGGAUGGGCUUGUGGACAUGGGGCCCCCUUCACUCUUGUUGUGUUCCGGUGUUCUGGGAAAAGGACAGUGCACACAGCUGUGCUCAGGGGCUAAAUGCAAAACAAACAUGCCUCACACAUGCUUCCCCCCUCAGCUGUCAUGUCUCUGCUUUCAAAAGACCAACACCCCUCCUCCAUCUUAACUCCUCUCACCGUCAGUGCUCUUCACUUGGUCCAAAACUGCAGCCAAGCCAGGAAGGCUUUUUAAUUAACACUGAGCCUCUUUGGAGGCUGCAGGAUUGUGUGUCAGGACAGAGCAGACAGUCAAAAGCAUCAGUGUAAUGUGUCCACAGCAGAGAAUAUACACACACUCCUCUCCAGCAUCUCCUCCUCAAGGAAAAAUGCAACAUUGUGAUGUUACCUUCUUACCAAUUCUACUUUUAUAAUACUACUGAAGUCAUGCAACCAGUACAGAAGAAUUUCUAUUAUAAUGUGUUUUAAUGUGUGCAUGUAAAUGUUAUAGGACAAGUUUUUUUUACUUAUCAAGUAUUUGAAUUUUUUUCUCCAUGUAUUUUAUUUUUUGUUGUUGCUUUAUGCCAUCUUUGAAAGUGAGAGUUUGACUUUAUUAUGCUUGU